AUGCUUUGCCAAUUAUGCUCGGGCUUUGAUUUGAAAGCUAUCAUGCAACUCAAACUCGAGCCGCGUCUCCAACGUAUCCGGAUUGCCGAUGAAAGCUGGAGCGAUUUCGAUGUAUGCGAUAGUGUUAUCUACUUCUACCUCAACGAAUACCCUACCUCAGACUAUCAACCUGAAAAUCACGUUAUUCCGUACCACAAAACAUUUGAUGAUCUAUAUCAAGCGUCUGAAGAAUGUGAUCUUUGCCGAGCUCUACUACUACACAGUGCCAUGGGUAUGAUUAGAUUUCGGAAGGACGUAGAAGACGACUAUUGGGGAGAGCAUGGUCCAUCUGGUGAGGAGCUGCUUUUAUGCGGCCUUGAUUCAGGCCAGGGGAUUCAGUUGAUGGCAUCAGAUGGCAGUCGUGACUCGCCGUCUUAUGCGCUGUUGGGAGGAGUAGGCUUUUAUGUCGACAAAGAUAGUCCCAUUAACCAAACUAUCCACGGGCGUACUAUCCUGGAAUCACCCCAACCUGAAGAUAUCCUCAGUCCCAUCAAACAAUGGCUUUCGAACUGUUUGACUCACCAUCAACAUGAGAAAACUAACACAAUGAAGCCCACUCGCCUUUUGAAAUAUGAACACAAAAACGGAAAGGUAUCGCUAUGUUCUUCUAUCAUCUCAGACAUCAAGUAUGCCGCCCUAAGUCAUUGUUGGGGGGACGUGCAGCCACUCACACUCAACACUGCCACUAAAUACCAACUUGAAGAAGGAAUACCUAUCGAAGCCUUCCCCAAAACGUUCAAAGAUGCCUUCUGGUUAGUUCAUGAAUUAGGGAUCUCUUAUAUCUGGAUCGACAGUCUUUGUAUCUUGCAGGACGACAAAGACGACUGGUUGCACGAGUCAUCGCGAAUGGGUGAUGUAUACGGAAACGCAUUUCUUACCAUCGCCGCUACUAGGGCAGGAAACUGCUCGGACGGGUUCUUGGGAUCUAGAAAGGGCCGCGAAUAUAUAAAUGUUCGCUUUUAUCAAGACGAGAUGGAGGACAAGGUUGCUGUAUCUCCGAUGCCUCUCGAUCGUAUUGUAGCUGGAGCCAGCAUCAUCGAUAUGGAAGAAGAGCUGUUAUCGAAACGUGCUUGGGCCCUUCAGGAACGAUAUCUGUCAACCCGAACAGUACACUUUGCGAGUGAUCAAAUGUACUUCGAAUGUCAAUCAGGCUUUCAACCGGAGGAUAAUCACAUGAAGAACAAUGAUAGCGACCCAGACUUUAAAAUACGCAGAAGGAUGGCAGCAUCAGACAAAAACCAGCAUCGAGAUGCUUGGGCGGCUAUCGUUCGGAGGUACACAGAUCGAUAUCUGACUGUGGAAAGUGACAAGCUCCCAGCAAUCGGGGGCUUGGCUGCCCGCGUGUUCAACGAACAAAUUCUCAAUGACCCUGGCGAAGAGUAUCUUGCUGGUCUCUGGAGGGGCAAUCUUCUCUGGGACCUAGUUUGGGCAGCUAGUGAACAAGAUGAAUCAAGAAGCAUUCCAAAGAGUUACAUGGCGCCAUCCUGGUCUUGGGCCUCCAUCAACCAGCCUGCAUUCUUCCAAGGUCCAGAGGAUAUCCAAAGUCUUGCUAUUGUCAAAGACGCAAAGGUUGAUCUGGAAAACCUUGAGAACUCAUUUGGCCGAGUAACCGGUGGUUGGGUCCACGUGUGUUGCGUUAAACUUCACCCAUGCAGUGUGAAUGUGGAUGACAACCGCUUAUAUUUCGGUGAGGGAGACGUGGUUUUUAGUGCCAAGGUAGAACUUGACCCUCCUAGGUUCAACCAGCCUUCAGUCAGUCUGGCGGACUACGAGGAAAAGGAGUCCGACUUGGUUGUAGUUCCCGUAACAUUGCGCUUUGACGCUAGAAACCCUCGAUACGAAGACCACGACAUCGUUCGCGGUGCCUAUUUUCUGAUACUUGUGUCAUCAACGUCUUUGGAAGGUCCACCCAACGGCGCUCCUCGUUAUCGGAGAGUCGGUCUCGGGACUUCAUUUGAGGAGGUUGAAUACGAAGAUGCAAGAAAACAAAUGAGAGACAGAUGUCUAACGGCAAUAGAACAGGGGACAUUGGAAGAUAUUAUUAUAGUAUAA